AAAUGAUCGGUAAAAUCAUUGCACAGUUUGUUGGCAGCGUAGAGGAGAAUCACAGUGAUGCUGUAGUUGAAACUGAAGACUAUGCAAACCUACUUGAGCUUGAGGAUGGGGAAUGGGUUAUCAUAAAUAUACAAGAGAACCAGUCAGUUGGUGGCUCAUGUGAGGCAAACACUUUGGAAAACUUGUUGAUUGAGCAUCCCAGCAUGUCUGUGUACCAGAUCAAGCCUGAUGAGGAAGACAUCGCUUCAGAAGAAGAAGUGGAAGACAUGACUAGGUCUGCACCAAUCAGACGUCACGUUUCUUGGCUAGCUGCAUGGGGCAGCCCAUUGCCCUGCAGCACGAUACUGCUUUCAGAGCAGCGUGCCAGAGUUUAUAAUGAGCAUAGAAAGCUGACCCGUGGCGCCCUCAACAGGCAAAACCUUACAAAAACACGCUUUUUAUCUGAGCGCCGCUAUGGCUUCUUCAAGCAGCCCACUCAACGCCUGUACAACUAUUGAGCUUUAGUCUUUUUACAUAAAAAAGAUGAAAUGUUUUUGCUAUGUGAAUUGUUGUUUUUAUCUUCAAGGGGAAUAUUGAUAAUCUGAUACUUUCCCCCUGUGAGUCUGUUACAAAUUUAAAGUGUCACUGUCUGAACACAGGGUGUUUUUUUUAAGGUGGAUGUCUCAUUGGUAGUCUAACACUGAUAUAACUCAGUAACAUAAGCAUGCGUUGAAAAUUCAGUUGGAUGAUUCAAAACAUGACCAUAAAGCAUUGGCAUUAGCAGUGCUUUAGUAUUUAAAGAGUGCUUAUCUGAAAGUGCAAUGUAGUAAUGUUUGUGUGUUUCUGCUUUGCUAUGGUGCCUAAAUAUCGUUUAAGUGAGAUAAAAAAAAAAAUUCUUGAAAAUAUUUCAGUGUUGAAGCAUAUGAAAAGAAGGCAAAACAAUGUGAAGCUACAUCUUAAGCCUUAUGUUUGCAUGAGUGAAAUACCAAAGUAUUUGUUGUGAUUCAUACCAUUACAUUUUUGCUAACAUUUGACUUUGUAAAUAUAAAUGCAUUUUGAGGUUUUAUUUUCUAUCUUCAAAAAUACAUUUGUAAAAUCUUUAUAAAAAAAUUAAAAAUAUUUUUUCAUCA